AAUUAUAUUUAAUGUUCUUUCCAAGUCUGAAUGAUAAAUUUCAUCAAAUUUUUUAAAUAUAAAUAAUUUAAAAAAAAAUUUUUUUUCUAUUUAUAUAUUUAUUAUUUUAUUGGAAAAAUAUAAUUAUCGUUAUUUGUAUAAUUAAUUCAAAAGUUUCGCUGAUUUUUAUAUGAACUCUUACGAUUUCUUGACUCUUUGUUUAUUAAUAAAACAUUGAAGUAUCAUUAAUAAUUAUUGACCUAUGAACUUUUUUAAUCAUAUUAUGGGGUCCUUAACAGAAGAAAAGAUUCUUGAAACAAAAUGAUUACUCUCAUAAUGAAUCAACUAGUUAAAUUUGUACGUGUCUAUUUUUUUUAAUAAAGAUAAAAAAAGCAAAAUAAAUUUUUUUAAAUCACAACUCCUAAUAUUUGAUUUUUAAAAAUAAUUCUGUAAUUUGUAAUUUAAAAAAUUACAAACAAAACUGAUUUUUGUCUUACAUGCGUAGGGCCGGUUCGAUUCAUAAUUUAAUUAUUAUUUUUAUUACAGUCGAACCUCGAUAAGUGAGAAACCGCUAUAAGUAAAAGUUAUCGACAGGUUCGUAUCUAAAUUUUCCAGAAAAUUAUGAAUUUUUGUAAGUCAAAUAUCAGUCCCUUGAAAUCUCACUUAUACAGGUUUGACUGUAUAUAAAUAAAAUUUUUUAAUAUCGCCUCCAAAUAAUGGUAGACUCGACCCUGGUUUACAUACUAUUAAAUGAAUUGAUUUUGUUGGAUGCUAAUUAGGCUUCUACAUAAAUCGUACCCUGCCACUUCUAAUAAAAUUGGUUGAAAUUUAAAAGCAUUUGUAAAGACAGUAAGGAAUCAUUGGUAAUAGUGAAAACAUGUGAAUGUGUUAUUCUACAUUUUUUUAAUUAUUAAUUUACCUAAAUUUUCUAUUUCUUUUUGGCACAUUAGUAUUGUAUAUUAUUUUGUUAAAAAUAAUUAAAUAAUUAAAUAUAUAGAAAAAUGACGGAAAUUCAAAGUUUUUAUGAAGGACAAAAUGUUUUUAUAACAGGUGGAACAGGAUUUUUAGGAAAAAUUUUAAUAGAAAAAUUACUUCGAAGUUUUCCGCAAAUUGGAACUAUUUAUAUAUUAAUUCGUUCAAAAAAAGGGAAAGAUAUCAAAACUCGAUUGGAUGAAUUCUUUUCUGUACAAGUAUUCGAGGUAUUGGAAAAAAUAAAUCCUAAUUUUAGAGAGAAAAUAGUAGGAAUUAGUGGAGAUGGAACUGAACCUGCCUUAGGAAUAUCAGCCAAAGAUCGUUUACUUCUUACAAAUGAGGUGUCAAUUAUUUUUCAUGCAGCAGCUACUGUAAAAUUUAAUGAACCAUUGUCAGUAGCUGUAGCUAUUAAUGUCAAUGCAGUAAAAGAAUUAAUUAUUCUUUGCAGAGAAUGUAAAAAAUUAAAGUCAGCAGUCUAUGUAUCCACAGCUUUUAGUAAUUGUAUUUAUGAAAAAAUAGAGGAAAAAAUUUAUCCGUCACCAAUGUCUUGUGAGCAAAUUAAUGCAACAGUAAAUAUAAUGAAAUAUAAAAAUUUAACAGAAGAGGAAGAAGAGCAAAUGACAAAAAAUAUUUUAGGUAAAUUUCCCAAUACAUAUACUUUUACAAAAGCAAUAGCUGAAAGUUUAAUAAAUGAAAAUGCAAAGGAUCUGCCAUUUUGCAUAUAUAGAUUUUCAAUAGCAUUGUCAACAUAUAAAGAACCAUUUCCUGGAUGGCUCGAUGCUUAUCAAGGAUUAAAUGUUGCUAUUUCACAAGUUGGCAGAGGUUUAAUUCAUGUUCUUUAUGCAGAUCCGAGUGCAAAAUGUGAUUUUGUACCUGCUGAUUUUGCCAGCAAUGCAUUAAUUGCAUCUGCUUGGGGAAAUUAUUCUAUGCAAAGAGGACAAAAUGAAGAUAUUGCAGUGUACAACUAUGUUUCGGGUACAGAUAAUCCUAUUCUUUGGGAAGAUCUUAGAAAAAUAAUGGUAGUAUUGAGAAAUACAAUAGCAACCAAUAAAUGUAUCUAUUAUCCAUUUGGAUGGUAUAUUAAGUCGAAAAUAGUGUUUGAUAUUUUAAACUUUUUUUUACAUUUUUUACCUGCUUUAAUUGUUGAUUUAAUUUUAAAACUGAUUGGAAAAAAACCCAUACUCUAUAAAGUUUAUAACAGAGGAAUAAAGUUAUUAAACGUUAUAAGUUUUUUUAUGAUUCAAAAAUGGGAUUUUGAUACACAUAAUGUUCGAUUACUUUGGAAUAAACUUUCCGAGAAUGACAAAAAAUUAUUACCUUUUGAUAUUACUUCAUUUAAUUGGUUUGAUGGUAUAAGUGUAUAUAUUGAAAGUAUUAAAAGAUAUGUUUUAAAAGACGAUAUUAAUGAAUUCACGAUAAAAAAAAGUCAACGCCAUAUUAAAAGACUUUGGACAAUUCAUCAAAUCGUAAAAAUUAUUUUUGGAUAUUUUGUUUUAUGGUUCAUUUGGAAAAUUAUUUGUAUGUUUAAAAUUUUACUGUAAUAUCAAAAAUAAUUGUAUUUGUUCUCUAUCAUUUAAAUAUUUAAUUACGAUUUAAUUGUAAUAAAAUUCACCAUCUGCGAUAAAAAAAAAUUGUACAUCGAUUAUAAAAUGUAAUAAAAAGAAAGUAAUUAAAUAAAUUGUUUUGUAAUUUAA